AUGUAUUGCCAUUUGCAUUCAAUCUUCGCGGCGAUCGAUGAUGGAGGUAUGGCGAAGAAGCCAGAUUUGCUUCCAGUCCUCACAUACUACCUCCCUCGUGAAUUCGGUGUAUUUGGGGAUCCCAAGCAACUGGGCCCCACGAUCAUCGCAACCAGAGAGGAAAUCCAUUCUGAGGACAGCUUACCGUACCUCUUCUCGCCCGCUUGA